AUGCUGAGUCUGCCGAGAGCGACGAAAAGUUUAGCGCUGGAGGCCACAGCCGCUGGUUCCGGCCAAACGCACGAAGGCCAAAAACGGAUUCGAAAAGGACACGUGGCGGAGAAGUUGGAAGCAGUGACCGAAGAGGACGGCGAAAGGCUGUUCCAGGUUCGCUGGAGGGGACUCGACGAGGUGGAACUGGUCCAGUCCAGGAGUGUCCGCCAGCACGUUUCAAAGCUGGUGAUUGAUUUCUACGAGAGCCGUAUCAUCUGCAACAACGCGGUCGAGAAGAGCGUGCAGUAGAAGUUCAAGUGAUACAAUGUUAAAUACAUUCAUGAAGCUUGAAAAAAAAAACUUUUAUUGGUCCAAAAAAUAAAUAAAUAAAAAGCUAUACUUUUUUAGUAUGAUACUAAAAGGAAUAUUAUUUAGGUAAGCCGGUGAUAAUUAACCCCUUCCCGCCCAGAGCAAAUCGAGAUUUUUUCGGUUUUCUUCAUUACUGGUAACUGGAUGGACCAAAUUGGAUGAAUUUUUUUUUUAAUCACCAAGUUAACAUUCUAUAUAAAACAUUCUAUAUAAGGUUGAAAAAAUACAUGGUUGCAGAGAAAUUUAAUUUUGAAGACAAAAAAUUGUGGUGCUCUGGAGUAACCAUGGGCGUGAGAGGGUUAUGGCCAAUCCAUCCCUGUUCUGUCCAUCCCGAUGGCUCUUCCGGUGAACAUGCCGCCGCCGAUGCCGCUGGCCCUGUGCGUCGAUCAACCGCUUUCCUCAAUGAAGUUUAACCGUAACUACCUCCACGUGUCCUGUCCAACCCGAUGACUACUCCCGUGAACCAUUCGCGAACCCCUCGCCGUCGAUUCCGCUGGCCAUGUGCGACGAUCAACCGUUUACUUCCAAGAAGUCCUACCCCAUUAACGUUUUUUUCACCCAAUUUUGAUUCUUGCAUACCUUUUUUCGAAUAAUUCUCUCUAGAAAUAAGCCAGAAAAAUGCUGUUGAUUACGGAAAAUAUAAAAUAUUUAAUUAUGAAUCAUGUGUUAUUUAAUGCAAAGAGUAAAAAUAACAAUGAAGUACCGUUGUUAUUUGCUUCCAAUUUAGUGUGAGUUGACGUUUGGCGUCGUGUGUUUCCCAUUCUGUCACACGAUGCAAUCUUAGUUUCGUAGUAUGCGCUGACCAUCAAAACUGAGAUUUUAAAGGAUUCCGGCGUCGCCGGAUGUUUCGGCUUUGCGCAAGCUCAGGGUUGAACGGAUGACCAUGAACCCUUAGAGAAAAAUGUUCCUUAGACCACCCCCGACACGGCUACCUAGUGUAAGUGUGGGUUAAAGUUUGUCGCUUAGCUUGUAGGAGCGUUUGAAGUAAAAUCACGCAUUUCCCAUAGUAAUUUCCAUGUAAACUUUAACCCCCGAGCGACAAGCCAGUUUUCAACCAAAUGAGCUCAAAUUUGGUAUGAGAGCCCCUAUGGGUCCCCUCUACAAGAUGGUCUUUAUUUCAGCCGGAUCCGAGCACUUUCGAAAAAAAUGACCCACCCUAGUAUGUACGUUC